CCUGGAAGUCUAUCCGUCUAUUAAAGGUCGCAAGCCACCGCCCGAAAAUGGUAGUGAUGACAGCACAAUAAUAAUUCCAGACAGGAAAUGGCGAUGGAGGAUAGAACCAGGACCAAAGUUCAGAUGCUCUACGAUGCCUGUAACGAGGUGUUUUCUUCUCAUAAAGAACGGCUUCCCACCUUUCAACAGAUCCACUGGCUCAAAACUCUCAUGGCAUCAAUGGAAGCAGUGGACGUCGGGAUCGACAAGUUCGGCCCAGGAUCUCCCCCGUCGAGCCCCGAUUGGCCAAAAGAACAGAUGAGCUCGCUGGAGGUGUCGAAGAUAACGUACAUACACGUGCAUGAGUGCGAUGAUUUCUCCAUCGGCGUGUUUUGCUUCCCCGCCGGAGCGACGUUCCCGCUGCACGACCACCCGGGGAUGACGGUCCUGAGCAAACUGCUCUACGGAUCGAUGUAUGUGAAGGCCUACGACUGGGUUAAAGUAGAUGAAUCAAAUGCGAGAACGAUUGGAUUAGCGGGGACGGUGAAGGACGGAGUGAUGAGGUCGCCGUGCGAGACGUCGGUUCUCUUCCCAAGAAGCGGCGGCAACAUCCAUUGCUUCACCGCCUUGACGCCUUGCGCGAUCCUGGACGUGUUGUCCCCUCCUUACUCUGAAGAGCUCGGAAGGCCUUCCACUUACUUCCUCGAGUUCCCCAUCCCUUCUCUUCCAGGUUAUGUGGUGCUCGAGGAAAGGGACUUGCCAGAAGAUUUAGAAGUUGCCGGAGCGCCGUACCUUGGACCUCCGGUCGUCACGGUGGAGGACGAUCUUUGUUGACUGGAUCAGCACAUGUACAUCACCAUCCUAAUGCAAAUAUGGUGUGCCUUUCCGUGUGGACAUGUAAAUACAUAGGGAACGAGAAGUUAUAUAUACUGCGGGUGCGAGAUCCCUGCAGGCUGUCGAGUUCACUUUGCU